UGCUCUGAACGGCGUCGCGUUCGGACGUACACCGCGCCUCUCGUUUCUCUUAACUCGUGCGAGGUACUACGAGACUCUUAUCUCGAAACUCUAAACUCGAACCUCUAAUCUCUAGAGAGGUCCUUCAGACUCUCUAGAGUCUCCAAGCUCCUCCAGUCUCUAGAACCGUCUACUACCGUUCGAAAAUAAGGACCCUUGCUCGUGGUAGUUUAAACCCAGAUAUACUGUAGAUCGUACCGGGUAAAGUGUUGGAAAAAUUUGGAAUUGUGGUGUAAGGGUUUAGCGGAACCGGAUUUCCUCUGCCGGAUUUGAUUUGGGAUUGUUGGAAGGUUUUGUGCAAUCAAUCUGCCAUCAAUGGAAAGUGACUAUACUAAGUGUGACCCGGACUAAAAGUGAUUGAAAACUCUCUGACAUUCUCCAAACUUCUCAGCUGAACUUCAAAACUUCAAUGUGUCUCUUCUGAACCUCUCUCCUUGUCUACACUUCAUCUUCUAAACAACAUGCAUGUCUACAUCUUCUUCGCCAUCUCUAUUCUAUCAGUUAUCGAGGUCUAAUAGCACAGUUGUGACUCUGGACAAGAUGCAACGAGACAUGACUGGUUACUACAAGUGUGAGGUGUCAGCUGAUGCACCCUACUUUCACACUGCUGAACAGUCGGCGCCUGUCAUUUGUCAUUGAGGAACCUCUGCUACUCCCCAGACUGACGGUUGAGAAGUCGAAAUACUCCAACAACGAACGGAUAAGGGCCAACUGCACUUCUGAGGCAGCCUUCCCUGCCGCCAACCUUACCUGGCUCAUCAAUAAUAUACAGUUACGCGAAAACCCACCGGCCAUCCGCGUACACACACGGCUACUCACGGACCAGUCACGUGGCCUUGAGACCGCAGUGUCCAGCCUGGCAUUAGAGGCGAGGCCCGGCUACUUCGUGGAGGGGCGUCUGCAGCUGACCUGUGUGGGCCACCCAGUAUCACAUCUAUAGGAGGAAUGCCACUGUGCUGCUGCAGGAGGAUACGCCUCAGAUUGCGCCUGUUAUGGGGGCAACAGCACCACAUUCACAUCCCGAGUCACGGGCUUCCCUGAUGUCUACUGACUGUACCAUUCUCUUGCUGCUGGUUUUGACAGUGACUGUACUAUCGAGGUAGCGCCUUCAGACCGAUUCUCAGUGUGCGUGUUGAAAUUGAAAGUUUGAAGUUUCAAGUUAAGAGUUGCAAGAGUGAUGAAAAUAAAUAAAAAAUAAUGCGAUAAAGAAAAUGUAAAUUAAAAUAAAAUCGCCCAACGCCAUAUUAACUAGUCCAUUCAUAAUAAAAAACUAGAACUUAUUAUUUAUAAGUUAUAAAAAACUUAGUUACUAUGACGAACUGAUUGAUAAAAGACAUAGGAUGAUUGCAUAACUAUAUUAUGAUACGAACUAUUGGAACUUUUUUAUAUAUAGCUAAAGUAUAAUGGAAAGCUCAUUUUGUUCUACGAUAACUUAGAUGUAAGGACGGUUUAAGUACAUUGAUAUUAUGAAGAUAAUAUAAUGAUUACAGUUGAGUAUUGAGUAUUAUGAUAAUUAUAUUGUCCAUAAGGUUGUUCUAUGUAAGUGAUAAGUUGAGGGUUAUGUAAGAUAUGUGAGAGAAAAUAAAGUGUUGAUGAAUGUGG